AUGAGCCUGGACAGGCGCCGCUGUCGACACCGGAAUCCGCCGGGGCGGUUGGAUGUGGAAGCCUGGAGCUGUCUAGGCUGGGCGGGAAGGUUGCCACUGCGAGGGACGGGUGAGGUAGAUGCUGCCGAGUGCCGCGCGAAGCGUCGGCCACUCCACUACCAGUCGAAACGUCAGCGCGCGUGCAUGCGUCGCGCUCAGCGCUUGAGACACGUCGAAAUCAUUCGCUCGCGCUUAACUCGAUCACUGUCACUUUCACUGCACCAUCCCGCGGACCACGAUGACACUGUGAACUGUUUGUUUGUUUGCCCCUGUGUGCGCCACGCCACGACGGAACCCAAAGAUUCUAGAAUGCUCCAAUGGCCGAGCGAAGAAAGUGGCGAAUCAGAGGCGGUCUCACCGAGCCACAUGACGCUGUACUAUGAUGAGACUUUUGAAUGCUUCGAAACUAAAUCUGGUGUCGGUGAUAUGAAAGCUGAAACUAGUGGUGAUUUCUACGACAGCGGCAGCGGCAGCGACGAGAUGGCCAUGCGCCGCGUGAAGCGCCCGCAGAGGGCCGCCGCGGGCGCCGCGUCGGUCGCCCAGCCCGCCCACGCCACGGGGCCCGGCCGGCGGCGGCGGUGCGGCGCCUCCGCCCGCGAGCGCAACCUGCGCCGCCUGGAGAGCAACGAGCGCGAGCGCAUGCGCAUGCACUCGCUCAACCGCGCGUUCGAGGAACUUCGACGGGUAAUUCCACAUGUUCAAAAGGAUAAUCGAAGCCUGUCAAAGAUUGAGACGCUGACACUUGCCAAAAAUUAUGUAAAGGCUCUUACAAAUGCAAUAUGCAUAAUAGGGGGCGAAGGAAACUAUUACCAGUUUACCAACGCUGAUGAGAACUUGGAGCCGCCAUUUACUUUAAGUAGUUUCCUCGAGCAGAACAAUAACGUGCCAAAUGAUCGUGAAAGGGAGGCCUUGCCGACAAUCACCCGAAGAUGCCUC